CUUUUUUAUUUUGACAUAGUGAAUUAUAAAAAACCAUGUAUAUAUAUGAUUUUUUGUUAAAGUGAACUAUGAACUAUGAUGUGGAAUCAGAAGAUGUUUGGAGCAGUACUCUUUCUUGCUAUUUGUUCUAUUUUAUAUUUCUACAACAGCACAAGAAACCUACCUGUAAAACCCAUAAAAAAGAAAUACGCCUAUAGGAAUAUCAAUUUUAAUAAAGAUGCUGGGGAUGUAUUCUCCUUUGUUCAUGUUCAGAAAACGGGUGGAACUACGAUUGAGAAGCAUUUAGUGUUUAAUAUCGAAAACAGUAACUGCGAAUGUAGAGAUUCAAAGAAGCCUUCGUGCAUGUGUUAUCGGAAGGAUGUUAGAGAGAUCUGGCUUGUUUGCAGGUAUAUCCAGCCAAAAUGGCCAUGUGGGCUUCAUCCAGAUUUUGCUACAAUAAGGGAAUGUACACCAAAGCUUUUCAAUACGAAAUAUGAAAACAGAAAAAGAAGGUAUUUCUAUGGUACCAUUCUUCGAAAUCCUCUCCACAGAUUUUUAAGCGAGUUUCGUCACAUACAAAGAGGUGCUUCAUGGGAGGCUGCUUCAUCCCUGUGUCGCGGACGGUUACUUAUAGAACAAAUUCCAGCAUGUUUUCCUGGAAAAUUUUGGCAUAACGUAACAAUAGAAAAGUUUAUAUCAUGUCCAUACAACUUAGCAAUAAAUCGACAAACAUGGAUGUUGUCAAAUAUUUCUGCUGUAGACUGCGAUUUCAAAAAAAUACUUCAAAAACAAAAUCUCAAGCAGAAGCUUUUAAAUAUAGCAAAACGUAACAUUCGCAAUAUCGCAUAUUUUGGUCUUCUCGAGUAUCCGCGGGAAAGCCAAUUUGUUUUUGAAAAAACAUUUAGUAUGAAAUUUAAGGAACCCUUUCAGUUAUGGGAUACAGGCUUUGCAAAUGAGUAUAUAAAAACAUUUAAACAGUCUGAUGAAAUGUUGGAAAGACUUCAAGCCUUAAUUAGUUUAGAUGUGAAGCUCUACAAGUAUGCUAAACAGAUUUUUUUUGAAAGGUACAAUUAUUUUGCUAGGAAAUAUGGAAUUCCUAAAUAUCACAAUUUGUCAGUAACUGGCAAAUUUUCAAUGGGUGAUGUCAGAUUAGAGCGAAUCAAACAAAAUCUCCCAAGAUCUUUAAGAAAAGAAGAAGUAUUGCGACAAAAACGUGAAAAAGACUUACUCAAGGGGAAAAAGAAAAGGGGAAAACUAAAAGCCGAGGAUAUUGAAAGAACUGUUUGAUGUUUCUUUAAGUUGGCUGUUUAUUGUGUUGGUAUUUUGUUGUGGUAUAUUUAAGUGUAUAAGGUUUAUGAUGCUUGAUAGGAUUAAAUUGUGAUUCGUUUUAAACAUAAUAUUUAAAUAUGCACAUAUGCAUUUUUUGGUCAUGCAUUGUGGUUAUUAUUUUAAAACCAAUAUACUUCUAAAAAGUGGUAAUAUUUUUCUAUUUAUUUAUUCUGUUUUUAUUGUUAUUAAACAAUGUUUUGAGAUUCGUUAUUAACAAGGAUUUGUUUUUUUAAAUUUCACAUUUUAAAAUAUUUUUGACUAAACCAAUUAAACCAUAAUUCCAUAGCUAGUCAAACAAAAUAAAACCUUGACUGUUGUAAACAGGUUACUCACAAUCUUCUUGUCACAACGACCACAUCACAAAAAUGAUAAAAAUGUUUUUCUUAUUGCAACAUGAUAUCUUAUUUACAUGCCUGCUUCAUUCACUCAUUGUCAUUUACAUUGGCAAAUGCAGAGUGCUGACAUAAAUUAAAAAGGUUGUGUUCAUUUUUAUGUAGAUAUUCUACUUUGAAUGAGUUGUAAAAUGUAUUGCUUUUUGUGUUUAAGAAUUUAUUCUUGUUUGCCUUUAUUUUUAACUGAUAAUAUAUUUUAAGACAUAUUUUACAUCAACUCUGUUCCUGAUAUAUACGGAACAAUUAUUCUUUUAGUAUAUAUUCUAUUGUUGCUAAUUAUUAUAAUUUUUUCAUCAUAUAUAUUAUAUAAUUAUUGUUUUGUUCAAAAUAUAAUGUCAGCCAUAUAUUUCACUUUAAAAAGUUAUAAAAAAAUAUUUUGUAAAUAUAAACUAGGAAAGGAAAAAAUCUUUUUUUAAUAAGAUCAUUAUUAAACCUCCAAGCUUUUCACAUGUCUACACUGCAAAAAAGUUUUAUUUUUGGUUAAGUUGCAAGAUAUAUACUCAGAAAGUGAUUUUAUGCUGACCAUCACAUUGUUAAUGAUGUUGGAUAAGGUCGGAUGAAAAUCUUGGAAUUCAUAGACAAAGAAAAUUUGAUAAACAACUUUUUAUCAUCUAUAACAUGCAUUUUCAAUAUCAUCUUAAUGUAGGUAAUUCUUUAAAUUUUCAUGUAUUUCUUGUGCUCAAUAUUUUAUUUUUUUACGAAAUGCAGUGAAUUUUGUGGUAAUUUUAUAACAAGGAGUUUUACAGUUUGCAAUUUUUUUGACAUUUCACAUACCAUUGCAGUAGUGAUAUUUUGUGUUUGCAAUAAUUAAAAUUAGAAUUGCUGAAUUACUCUGUGAGGUAAAUCUAAUCUCUGUUACUUAAUAUAUUUUUUAUUGUUAGCAGUUGGUGCAUUUAAUACUACUUAUAAGUUAAAACCGCAGGAAUUCAACUGUCAUAAAAGUCCAAGGGAACUUGCCCAUCACAACUAACAGCUACCCUUUUAGCUCACAGACAGACAUCUUUUAUAACACAGAAUCCUUAUGUCCAUUGUAAAGGUUACAUGAAAGUUAUGAUAAGAAAGUUUCUUUUAAUCACAUUUCUCAAAGACGUUUUUAAAUAAUUCUAAUUAGAAUAACCCAACCAUGGUAUUAUAAAGGCAACACAAGCACUGCACAUUAUAAUGAUAUUUGCAUUACCUUAAAUGUAUUUAAUAAUAUCUCCAGUAUUUGAAUAAGACUAACCUUAGCAAUUACUUUUAGUUGAUUAUAUAUUUCCGCAUUUAAAACAAUGUAUAUAAAUAUACAAUAAUAAUAGAUAAAUAGAUAAUCAUUUUUUAUCAGAUUAAUAAAAGGGAAUAAUAUUUUA